GAAACAUCUGCUCAUUUAAACUAAUCGUUUUUCAUUUUACCUUCAAUACGUUUACUAUAAAACAGCUUCCGUAAUAGUCAUAAUCCACUUACUAAAUAGUAUUAUCUAAAAAAUGUGGCUUUUCAUUUUCGCCCCUUUGCUUGUCGUUUGUUCAGGAGAAUAUCAGUCUGAUAUUUGUGAGAAGAAAUACGACGAUGUUUGUUAUAUAGUAAAACCUACGCUGAAUGAAUUUUCCAGCAGUGAAGAGAUAAUGGAUACGUUGUGCCCACUGCUGAAGGAUUAUACACAAUGCGUCCACAAUUAUGAGAGAACUUGCGAUGUCAUCACUGAUGAAUUUCCUGGAGAAUAUGAGGAUGUAAAAAAUCUUUUGAAUGAGGCAUGUAACAAAAGCACUAAACUUCAUCAUGAGAUUCUAGAAGCAAUUCCUUGUCUUAGAAACGCAAUAGGAAUUAUGCAAAGCCUUUGUCCUGAAGACAGAAAGAAACUUGUGGCUCUGUAUGCAGAGCAUAUGGAGGAUGAUAUCGAAGUACAGAACCGAGAAGUUGACUCCGAAAAUGAUCGUCUCAAACACCACUGCUUAACCCAGCUUGAAGAUAUAGUUUGCCUAGCAGAAUAUACUAUGGAUAAUUGCGGCGGACAUGCCAGAGAUGGCGUCCUUGAAUUGUUCUAUCGCUCUGGCGCCGUACAAAGCAUAUGCUCUCAAGAUGCUAUUUCUGAAAUCUUCGACGUCUUGUCAGAGCUAGAUAUUGAAGAACCUCGCAUGAAUUCUGUGUUUUAUACCUUCCAUAGAUUCACACAAAAAUAACUGACUUUUAUUCCAAACAAUAUAAAAUAUACAAUAUUUGCAAUUAUAUAUUAUCUUUAAAUGCAGAAAAUAAUGCGUUUGUCUGUUAUUUUGAUUACAAAAGAUUUACGUUAACGUUGUUUCUCUGUCUCAUGUUAAUACUGAGUUUUAUUUUUGAAAACUGAGAAUAAAUUUGCUUAUUGCAUCCACA